AUGCCUUCAGCACCUUAUAUAGAGUCCAUUUUUCGUGAAGAAUUCCAGUUUGAAAUUCCACGCACGUUCAGACAUCUGUGUGUAUACGUCUUCGAUAGAGAUCGUCAUCUGAGGCAGGACAGACCAGUUGGAAAAGUUGCCAUACGUCGUGAAGAACUACAAUCUUAUGACCGUCGGGAUCAUUGGUUCGCACUCCGACCCGUGGACGCUGAUAGUGAAGUACAAGGCGCUGCCAGGGUUCUCCUGGAUAUGGCACCACCUGUACCUGGAGCACCCACACGUGUUACUGUACGAGUAGCUGAAUGUGCGGAAUUGGCCCUAAAGAACGGUGCUUGCGAUCCUUAUGCAAUUGUUACUGCCAGGUACACGAACGGGAGAAAAAUCGUCAGAAAAACCAAAGUUAGAAGGAAAACGGAAAGUCCCACAUUUGAUGAAACGUUUACUUUUGAUUUGAGAAUAGAGACUGGCGAAAGGGACCGAGAGGGCAAUCACGUGUGUCCUGCUGGUGAAGCUGAUCUUCUUGAAUUAUCAGUUGGUUUAUGGCAUGAUUCACCAGGCAUGGUUAGUGGCAGUGGUUCAUUUUUGGGUGAAAUUAGGAUACCUUUAAAAGGACACCAACAACGCGAAGCAACAGCCCGUGAUGCUUGGUACCGGUUGCAACCUAGAAGGACAAGUACAAACCAACAAUCAGGAUUUACGGAUUCAAGGCGCACACCGCCAGGAACAAGACUUAGCUCUAGUGAAGGCAGUUCUGGUCUGGGAUCUCUUAGACUUAGGCUAGAUUAUACAGAAGAUAGAGUUUUCCCAGAACAGACAUAUAAUGCUUGGAGGGAUUUGCUUUUAGAAAGCACUCAAAUUCAGCCUGUUACAUCAAGUGCCGUUUAUUUAUUAGGAGAGAUAAUUAAAGACAAAGAACAUGCAGCUAAACCUCUUGUAAGACUUUUUACUCAUCAUCACAAAAUCGUAGAUAUUAUUAAAGUGCUUGCAGAUUAUGAAAUCUUAAAGCUUACAGACGCGACGACAAUAUUUCGUGGUAAUACCUUGGUUAGUAAAAUGAUGGAUGAAGCUAUGCGUUUAUGGGGCCUACCUUAUUUACAUCGAACCCUUAAAACUAUUGUGGAAACUAUUUUUGCGGAGCGCAAACCUUGUGAAAUUGACCCUAUGCGUGUUAAAGAUGUUUCUGCUAUUCAGGGUAAUCUUGACAAUCUCAAAGAAUAUGUUGAAAAGGUAUUUUCAGCCAUAUCAGACUCAGCAGUACAUUGCCCUGGCGCUUUAUGUGAAAUAUUUAGUCAUUUGCGAGAAAGCGCCGCGCGUAGAUUUCCUCAGGAUAAGCAAGUGCGAUAUUCAGUGGUGUCAGGAUUUAUUUUCCUAAGAUUUUUUGCUCCUGCUAUUCUUGGCCCACGAUUGUUUGACUUAACUACUGAACAAAUGGAUGACCAAACAAAUCGGACGUUGACUUUGAUUUCAAAAACCAUUCAAAGUCUAGGAAAUUUAGUGUCUUCACGAUCUGCCCAACAACCUGCUAAAGAACAAUAUAUGUGCUCUUUAUAUAAAGCAAUGUGCACUGAGCGUCAUGUAGAAUCUGUGAAAAGGUUUCUUGAGCUAGUAUCAGCCUCAAGUUCUUCACAUGAAGAAGAAUCCGAUGCAAAAACUACAUCAGACCAGCAAAACAUAGCUGAUAAUGUUCGUAUUAUUGAUAAGUCAGCCACACCUUACGGACCAAGAGACACUAGUUUUAAUGAUGAAGUUAUUUUGCUCAAAGAAGGUAUGAUGACGAAACGAGCUCAAGGCAGACGUCGGUUUGGUUGGCGCAAUUUCCGGGAGCGAUACUUUCGACUGACCACACAAAGUUUAUCAUAUGCUAAGGCUAAAGGCAAAACUGCUUUAUGUACCAUACCAUUGGCUAAUAUUUUGGCCGUAGAAGAACUUGCAGAACGAUCUUUCAAAAUGAAGAACAUGUUUCAAAUUGUACAAGCAGAAAGAGUGCUAUAUGUUCAGACAGCAAAUUGUGUUGAACUGAAAGAAUGGGUUGAUAUUUUACAUAAAGUAUGCAAUACAAAUAGAAAUAGACUUAAUGUUUAUCAUCCAUGUGCAUUCCUGAAUGGUCAAUGGCAAUGUUGCCAAAGUACUGUUUCUAACGCACCAGGUUGCACAGCAGUCUCUGUGUCAAGUGGAACAUCAGAAUUACAUAUGACUCUUGACCCAGCGUGGGACCUUCAACGACUGCAUUCGCUAUUUGUUAAAAAUCUUACUGCUUGGGAGAUGUUAGUGCGAGCCUGUGAAUGCCAAACAGUUGCCGGUAAUGAUUGUAGCUUGGUUUCUCCAGUAACUGAAGACCCACAAAGUUGUUUAUUUACUUUAAUGAAGUUACGAGAUAUUGCCAAAAACUUAGAUUUAAAUCAUACUAAACUGCUAGGUUUUGAAGCAAGCCAGAUGAAAUAUGGAAGCAGGCAAGCACCCAUAGGAGAUGAUAAUUACUUUCACCUCGCAGCUCGUAGUAAAAAGGAUAUAUCUGGCUUUUUUGCAUCACAUCAUGAAUUGUUAAAUACAAGCAACCUCGAAAAUAUUUUGCCUACAGAUAAUAAUGCUGGAAGACAUAAUAGCUUUGCUAUGAAAAGCUCAAGACAGGAAAUGUUCAAAACGAUAGCAGUAUCACUGCAACAAAGUGUAGUUGAUGAGAGUAAUGGAUUACAUGAUGAAAAGCUGUUAAUAAAUAAGAAAACCAGUGAUAAUGAGUCACACCUCAAAAAAAUUCCAACACGUGACUCAAAUCAAGUGAAUGAUCUCAUUUGUGAAUCUGAUGUACGUUAAUAAUAUUAGUUGUUAUUUUUUAUUGUAGUUUAAGCAAUAAGAAUAUUUAUUUAAAUAAGAGAGUUAAUUAAAUAUCCUGUAUACAAGUGUAUGUUAUAUACAUAUGCAGGUAUGUUUGCAAAUGCAUAUGAUUAUAAAUGUAUGUAUGUAUG